AUGCCACCAUCACUUGUUUAUAUGAAUCCAGAAGAAUUGUUAUUGAUACCUUGUUAUGCAAAAGCUAAUCCAGAACCAAGAUAUUAUUGGACACUGAAUGGUAAACGUAUCAAUUGGAUCAAACCAUACCAGCCAGUUAAAACAACACCAACAACAACAUCACAACAAGUAUUAUCACAAUCAAUUGAUACUUCAUUAUCAGAUGAAGAGAAAAAUCAAUUCGCUUUGAAUGAUUCAUAUAAUCUGAUGAUGAUGAAUGAUGAAUCAGGUUUAUGGUAUUUCGAUGUACAAAACAAAGUGCCGAAUAAUGUAAUAAUAACUGGAACUUAUCAAUGUAUCGCUAUAAACGCGUUUGGUAAAGCUUUAUCAAUGCCAAUGAGAUUAGAAAUUGCACGCAUUGGAACAUUUCAUGAUCUUAAUGCAAAAACCAUUUUAAUUAAACCAAAUGAAACAAACAUUUUAAAUUGUUCCACUACAAAUAGUAUACCAACAGCAAAAAUUCAAUGGAUGGUAAAAAAUGAUGAAGAUGGUUUUAUGAAUUUUGUACAUGAAGAUGAAAAUCACAUGAUGGAUGAUAAUGGUAAGUUUCUAAUGCAUUUUUUACGGUAUGAAAAUAUAUUUCAUGAUAUAAUGUUGGCUGUGUUUCCAUUUUGA